UUACCUCGUAUACAACUGGGGGGUCAGUGCGGCUCGUGCUUUCGAGUCGCGAAGCAGUUGCUGGCCACCGGGGAAACGAUUAUAAUUUCAUUUUUUUUUUCGCGUUACCGAGACCAACUCUAUACUACUCUCGAUUGUCAAAGUGUUGUAAAGUCUACCUGUGCGCUUGAUAAGAAGAUUAAUAUUGACUUGGAGAGCAGUAAUUGGGACUUUAAAAAAUGAGAAAUAGCAAAUUAGCAAUGUCACGAGACUCUAGUUUAACACUCAAGGCAAGUCUCCUUAUCCUCGGAUCGUUAUCGAUUGCACAUGCAAUGCCAGAUUAUUCGGGACUACCCCCGGGGCCUUACUGCGCGGGACGAUACGCCACCGGGAGAUGCUGUGCGGGAAGACAAGACGAUUGCAGUGCUCCUAUUUUGAGUACAACCUGCUACUGCGAUGAUUUCUGUAACAGAACAAGGGAAGAGGACUGCUGCCCUGAUUACUGGUCCCAUUGUAAACUAAUUACCCUCCCCACCAUUGAUCCACCGAUCAGCGAAAUAAGACAAUGUUUCUACGAGGGAAAAUAUUACAGACAUGGUGACACUUUCAAAUCCAAUUGCAAUACGUGCAAGUGUUCGUCGUUAGGUAUUGCUGCAAAAGUUCUCUGCGAAGAAAACAGAUGUCUAAUAGACGUGGAUUUGUUGGAAGAGUUGGCGAAUCAGAGGGACUUGGGCUGGAGGCCAGGAAAUUAUUCGGAAUUCUGGGGUCGAACUCUCCUCCAGGGAAUCGAAUUGCGAUUGGGAACGUUGAAUCCUUCCAGAUCGGUCUCCAAGAUGCACCCAGUGAAGAGACACUACAACCCGGACGCCCUUCCACGAGAAUUCGAUGCGAGACUGACAUGGCCAAGAGAUAUAUCCAGUGUCAAGGAUCAAGGAUGGUGCGGAGCCUCGUGGGCUGUUUCUACUGCUCAGGUUGCGUCAGACAGAUUCGCAUUGAUGAGCAAAGGCGCCGAGGCGGUUUAUCUCAGUGCACAGAAUUUAAUUUCAUGUAAUAAUAGGGGCCAGCAGGGAUGCAGUGGGGGAUACCUAGACCGUGCGUGGUUCUACAUGAGGAAAUUCGGGGUGGUUGAUGAGGGGUGUUACCGAUGGUCUGGCAUAAACGACAAAUGCAAAAUCCGGAAACGAACAAAUCUAAAAGCAGCGGGUUGCCGACGCCCCCCUAAUCCUUUAAGGACCGAAUUAUACAAAGUUGGUCCUGCAUAUCGUCUUGGAAACGAGACGGACAUAAUGCAGGAAAUUAUCAUAUCGGGACCAGUCCAAGCUACUAUGAGAGUCCACCAGGACUUCUUCACAUAUCAGACAGGAAUAUACCGACACUCGAGAGUCGCCGAAAUUUACCCCUCUGGCUACCACUCUGUGCGAAUAGUGGGAUGGGGAGAGUCCCUGAAUUACAAUUAUCCACCAACCAAAUAUUGGAUUGUCGCCAACUCUUGGGGCUCCGACUGGGGUGAAAAUGGUUUCUUCAAAAUUCAAAAAGGAAUAGACGAGUGUGAAAUCGAGUCUUACGUGUUAGGAAUUUGGCCAAAAACUGUUCCAACUAAUUAACUAUUUGUUACAAAAAAAAAAUGCAUUUAUUCAAUUUCGUUAGUUUCACUAAAAUUUUAUUUAAUCAAUUGUCAUUCGAAUCCACAAAUCACCGUUUUAGUUCGAAAAAUUAAAGCUUUGUGUGAUGUCACGUGUAUGUAUACUCCAUGUGUGUAAAUGUAUAAAAUAAUUGUAGCUUAGACGAUAGAAUAUAUUUUAUAUAUCAAUAAAAAAAAUCAUCGGUAGCUGUUCACCCACAAAAAAAAAAUAUGAGAUAUUUAGAGCACUUCA